AUGACUUGGAUUUCCAAAUUAGUAACGGCUUUCGGGCUAUUACUUCUAGCAGAUUCGUGUUACUCUGCUUACGAACAUUCUGUUCUACAAACGCAUCGAGCCGCAUCGCUCUCUUCCUUGACUACAUCACACAGCGGUGCAACUGCGACGCUACCGAUCGAUAUAACCAUUGAAACUAUCGUCGCAACAUUUAUUGUCUGUCUGGGCAUGGUGUUGGGGACGUCUAACUUGAGGCCCAUCCAAUGGCGUGUUUGGGCAGGGAAGAUUGAGCGAGAAGGCGAGGCAGGAUUUUUAAACAGCAGCGGAGAGGUAGAGAAAGACUAUGUUGGGAAUCCAUUCCGGCUAUUAGAGAGUCGUCCAGGAUUUGUCGAUAUUCGGAAGCAGAGGAACGAGUUUGCUGAAUGGGUCAAAAACAAAUAG